ACUCCUUUGAAAUUAAUUAAAUUAUUUAAACAGGGAAAUUGGGGCAUCCCAAUUACUACACAAAGCUCAAGAUUUUGAAGCGCAAUCAAGUUCAAAAUUUUCAGUUUGAGUGUUGACCAUUAUGAAUAUGAAUUCCUUCUUUACCGACAUGGCCGAGUGUCAAUGUCAAAAUCCACCCCCUUGAAAUUAAUUAAAACAUUAAAACACUAUAUUGGGGCGCCCCAAUUUAUGUAAAAAUGCUGGUCCUGGUUUUGGGCGAUUUACACAUUCCUCAUAGAUGUAGCACUUUACCCCCUAAGUUCAAAAAACUCCUCCUCCCCGGCCGGAUACAACACAUUCUUUGUACGGGAAAUUUGUGUACGAAGGAGUCUUACGACUAUUUAAAAACAUUGGCUAGUGAUGUUCACGUUGUGAGGGGCGAUUUUGAUGAUAAUUUAAAUUAUCCUGAACAGAAGGUAGUGACCGUGGGACAGUUCCGUAUCGGCUUGUUGCAUGGCCACCAAGUGGUCCCCUGGGGCGACCCUGAAUCCCUGGCCUUGAUUCAGCGACAGUUAGACGUGGAUAUCCUUAUUUCAGGACAUACACACAAAUUUGAAGCUUACGAACACGAAAGUAAAUUUUACAUUAACCCAGGAUCGGCCACAGGGGCCUAUAAUGCACUGGAUAUAACUGUAACACCGUCUUUUGUCUUAAUGGAUAUACAGAAUACCACUGUUGUGACGUACGUCUAUCAACUGGUUGGGGAUGAGGUUAAAGUCGAAAGGAUUGAAUUUAAGAAAAACUAAAUCUUUUAUAUUUAUGUAUAAAUUAUGUUAUUGAUGAGUACAAUUUUACUUUCAAAUAUUUGUAAAUUCGGAGAAGUGUAUCAAGUUUUGCAAUUUGUAUUUAUAUUAAUUGAAAUCUCUUGUUUUAUAUACAGAAAAUUGAAUAAAAGCGCUGGUUAGUA